UCUUGUCCCAGCUCUGGUACUCAAUGAAUGCGCCUCUACUCUUCUUCAGGGGAUUCGUGUGCGAUCUAUUUAUUUCUUGAAUCAUUCUAGUUGCAUCACGCUGAUGAAAUGCAGUGCUCGUCAAGAUGAAGCAAAACAAACACAUCUGCAAUUCAAAACAGCACCGGGCCGCCUUCUGAGCACAGUCUCACGCCUCCUGCGCCGUCGCUCAGCAUGAGGCGGAGGAGCGCCGUCCGGAGGAAGAUGCUCUGCCUCUGGCUGCUGCUCAUCGGAUUCGCUCUGGUUGCGCUGGCGCUCUCUGAUCUCUUUAAUCGGGACAGCGACCGCAAUCGUCACAAACCCGGCCCUCCCCGCCAGCCCCUCCAGCGGAUCGCCAGUCCUCCGGAUCUAGAGGUCAUCGUGGACUCCCAUGACCCUGCUUUGGAGCUAGGCGCCGAUUUGACUCCUCUGAAAUCUCUGCAAGAAGACCAGCUGUUAUUCGUCCCAUCCAUACAUGGCACCAAGAGCUCGCCACAGAAAAAGCGGAGUUACAAGAUGCUCCUUCCCGGAGCAAGUAAAGAUACCACCGUACGCGGGCCACCUACGCACGGUGAAAUGGGGAAAGCAGUGCGCCUUCAUCUGGAGGGUUUGGAGAGGGAUAUGGAGCUCAGGGCUUUGCAGCAGUACGGUUUCAAUGAGGUAGUGAGCGAAAGGAUUUCUCUGCAUCGCAGGCUGCCAGAGGCGCGCCAUCCAGAGUGUUUGGGGGAGCAACACAUCGAGUCUCUGCCAUCGGCCAGUGUUGUUAUCUGUUUUAAUGACGAGGCUUGGUCCACUCUCCUACGCACAGUACACAGUGUCCUCGACACUGCACCUAAACAGUAUCUGCAGGAGGUCCUGCUGGUGGACGACCUAAGUCAACAGGGUCACCUGAAGACUGGGCUGAGUGAGUACGUGUCUCAUCUGGAUGGAGUGCGUUUGAUUCGCAGCACCAAACGCCUCGGGGUUGGAGGUUGCCGGACAUUAGGUGCUACCAGGGCUGUUGGGGAGGUGCUGGUGUUCAUGGACUCCCACUGUGAAUGCCAAAAGGGCUGGCUGGAACCGCUGUUGGAGAGAAUUGCCCAGGACAGGACCAGAGUGGUGUCCCCCAUCAUGGAUGUGAUAGACUGGCAGUCCUUUCGGUACAAUGCCACCCAGUGGCCAAUUAGGGGGGUGUUCGACUGGAGACUUGACUUCUUUUGGGAAUCAAAUCCAGAGUUGCAAGAUAAAGACCCAGAGAUGGCUGUCCAACCUCUGCAGAGCCCAGCGUUAGGAGGUGGAGUUGUGGCUAUCGACCGACAUUUCUUCCAGAGCGUGGGAGCCUAUGACCCUGGGAUGGUGCUAUGGGGUGCAGAGCAAAUUGAGCUGUCAAUCCGGGUGUGGUCAUGCGGCGGCUCCAUGGAGGUGGUACCUUGCUCCCGCGUGGGCCACCUCAUUCGCCGCCACCUGCCGUAUCGCUUCCCAGAUCAGGACUUGCUUCAGAGGAACAAGAUCCGGAUUGCUGAAACCUGGAUGGACACGUACAAGAAAAUCUACUACAGAAGGGACACGCUUGCUCAUUUCAUCAGACAGUCUGAAAACCCAAACAUCACGGAGCGUCUGCGGCUCAAGAGGAGUCUGGGCUGUAGGAACUUUCACUGGUUCCUAACUACAGUCUACCCACAGCUUUAUAUCCCCCAGGACAAAACUGCACUGUCAGGAGAGCUGUACAGUGUUGGUACUGGCAGAUGUGCAGACUAUCCCCAAGGUCGGGGACUGCAGGGUGGGGCCAUGGAUGUGGCCCCGUGCACUGGGACAGGUAGCCAGCACUGUGAUCUAAACUCUGAGGGUGAAGUGCGAUGGGGUCCCACGGGGACUUUGUGCUUGGAUACUGAGGGAGAGAGGGCGGUCCUCUCUCCUUGCGCCAGCCACCGAUUGACCCCCGGCAGACUCCAGUGGAAGUUCAUAAAGCUGAGCGGCCAGCUCGUUCACCAACUGUCUCAGUUAUGUCUGGAGGCUGUAAAAGAGGAAGGCGACAACAAGCGCAGCACAGGAGGUCUUUUCCUGCGCCAGUGCACCCACCACCCCAGACAACAGUGGCACUUUGAACAACUAGUGGCUCCCAAAGGUGCCUGAUAGAGGGACUAGCUUUAGCAAGAUAUAAAUCCCAGGCAAAUCUAUCAUCAUAUCACAUAUUUGUAGUGUCAUACAUAUAUUUAUAUUACACACACACACACACACACAUGUAUUUUGCAACUUCUUGCUCCUGUUUUAAGGAUUGCAAUUAUCAUUACCUGUAUUAACUGUAUUAACUAAUGAUAAUGUCAGUUUCAGUACCUGUUGUCUUUAUGAAUAUUUCAUCAUAUAUAUUAUUAUAAA